AUGGCUCCUCAACUGGCAUGGCUCGGUCUGGGUAACAUGGGCAGAGGCAUGUGCAAGAACCUGGUCGAGAAAGGCAACCUAUCGCACCCUCUGAUCAUCUAUAACCGCACCGUGCAGCGGGCCCACGACCUCUCCAAGAAAAUCGGCAAUUCGACCGUGUCAGAGUCCAUCCCGGACAUGGUCUCCAGAGCAGACAUCAUCUUUUACUGCCUGGGAGAUGACCCCGCGGUCCUGGAGACGGUCCAAUCCAUGCUCCAGAGCGACGUGACAGGCAAAAUUCUGGUCGACUGUAGCACCGUCCACCCAGACACCACAACCAAACAGGCGGAGCUGAUUGAAUCCAAAGGUGCCAGUUUCGUGGCAUGUCCCGUCUUCGGUGCUCCAGCCAUGGCAGACGCCGGACAACUGGUCUGUGUUCUUGCCGGCAAGGCGGAGGCCGUGAACCAUGUCAAGCCAUACUGCAAGGGAGUCAUGGGUAGAGCGAACAUCGACUUCUCUGGCCAGGAGCCACGAAAGGCGACGCUUCUCAAGAUCAUCGGCAACACCUUCAUUGUUAACAUGAUCACGGCCCUCUCAGAAGGCCAUGUCUUGGCUGAGAAGACUGGCCUCGGGGUGGAGGAAUUGCAUCAGCUCAUUGAGGUCAUGUUUCCCGGUCCAUAUACGGCUUAUUCCAACAGGCUGAAGUCUGGAGACUAUUACAAGCGUGACGAGCCGUUGUUUGCCGUUGACCUGGCACGGAAAGACGCCAGACAUGCCAUGGACUUGGCUGAAGUUGCGGGCUGUCGAAUGAAGGACGUCGAACUGGCCGAUUCUUACCUGAAAGUGGUCAAAGAGACGCAAGGCGCCAAGGGCGACAUUGCCGGCAUCUACGGCGCGAAGCGACUUGAGAGUGGCUUGAAGUUUGAGAAUCAAUGA